AUGAUGCGGAGGAAAGUCCUCAGUAUAGCCCUAUAUUUGAUAAUUGCCACAACACUAUGCCGAGCAGCUCCCAAACCCUUCAGCUGCAUGAGCUAUUUGGAAGAUGAUCGCAUUCUUUUGGAAAAAGAUGAUGACGCUGAUACAUCGGAUUCAAUGGAACCACCACAAUUUGAUAGUGGUGGCCUUACAUCAAAGGAAUACAAUAAAGUAAAUGAAGAAACGGAUAUGGAUCGGAAUCAGGAUGCCACAGUACAUUUGCGUGUUUGUCCGCCAGAAUUCACAUUUUGUUUUUCAUUGUGGCGCAAAACCGAGAAUGGUUCAAAAAUUGAGAAGCAGGGUUGCUGGAAGGACAGUACCGAAGGCAAUGGUACCUGCAAUCAUGCCGAAUGUGUCAGUUCUUCGCCCACGUUAAGAAACAACUCCUUAUAUUAUUGUUGCUGUUCGGGUAAUGCCUGCAAUCGAAAUGUUUCCGUGGUGGAACCUUCAUUCUUGGAGCUCUCCAAGAACAAUUAUGCCGACAAUAAUCCCCCGGAAAUGCAUGAGCAAUUGUAUUGGUCCAAAUCGGCUGUGUGGUUGGGAAUGUUGGCCAUAAUUAUGGUGAUCUCCAUUAUAUCCAGUUUCAUUUAUUGUCGGAGUGUUCGGGAGAAACCCAUACCCGAAGAGGCUCCCUUGGCUCCAUCCGGACCCGGCUAUAGUUCAAAUUUACGUAAUGUGGAUAAUUUAAAUUUGAUUUGUAUGUUGGAUAAGGGGAAAUAUGGUACCGUGAUGAAGGGACUACUGCAUGACCAGGAAGUGGCGGUGAAAAUAUUCCCCGAGGCUCAUCAACAAUAUUUUGUGAAUGAGAGGAAUAUUUAUUCGUUGCCGCUAAUGGAUUGUCCGGCUCUAUUGACAUAUUUUGGUUAUGAUGAACGCCACACCCUGGAGGGCAAGGUGGAAUAUCAUUUGGUAUUGUCGUUGGCUCCCUUGGGCUGCCUCCAAGAUUGGUUGAUACCGAAUACAAUGAAUUUCGAGGUGUUCUGUGGCAUGGUGAAAAGUAUAACCCGUGGCCUGUCACAUUUGCACACCGAACUGCGUCGCGGCGAGGAACAUAAACCCUGUAUUGCCCAUCGUGACUUGAACACCCGCAAUAUUUUGGUGAAAUCUGAUCUCACCUGUUGUAUAGCCGAUUUUGGUUUCGCCUUAAAAGUGUUUGGACCCCGCUACGAAUAUAAAGGGGAAAUUGCUGAGGCAGAGACAAAGAGCAUUAAUGAAGUGGGUACGUUGAGAUAUAUGGCCCCUGAGCUGUUGGAGGGUGCUGUCAAUUUACGGGACUGUGAAACCUCUUUGAAACAAAUGGAUGUCUAUGCUUUGGGUUUGGUAUUGUGGGAGGUGGCCACACGCUGUUCCGAUUUCUAUCCCCCCGGGCAGACCACACCACCUUACAAGGCCCCUUAUGAGUUGGAGGUGGGUUCACAUCCUUCAUUCGAUCAAAUGCAGUCGCUGGUGGUGAGACAUAAGGCCCGGCCUCUAUUCCCCGCCGGUUGGGGUGGUGGACCAGCUGUGAAACUUAUUCGAGACACCUGUGAAGAUUGUUGGGAUCAUGAUGCAGAGGCACGUCUAACAUCCCUGUGUGCCGAAGAGCGUAUGCAUGAGGCAGCCUCUAUUGGUAUGCGUCUGAAUACCCAUUUGCUGCCCACCACGCCACUGUUAAGUACCAAUAAUCUAUGUAAUGGCCACGGUGAGUCGUCAACGGAGGUGACAAAUCACAAACCCAGAUCUCCAACAAAUGUGGACAGUAUGAUGGCGGAAACAAAUACGGUCCUGAAUCCGCCACCAAAUAAGAAAAAUCUACCCUACUACAAUGAGGUGAACAGUUGUGAGAGAUCCUCGACAACGGAGAAGAAUCAUUUGAUACAACCCCAACAGCAAUUACAACCAUAUCAGGGGCGGAAUCCUUGUCAGGAACGAAAUUUGGCACCAUCCAGCCUCAACUAUCCCCAACAAUUGAUUCAGCGCAGCAAAAAACAUAGUUUUCAACCGGCCACAGGGGAAGAGAAUAGCUUCUCCUGUCUGGAUGAUGAUGUGUCGGUAGAGGAAUUAAUACAGGCGCGAAGUGCCAAGAAAUUCCCCUCCCUAGAACAUGAGGAGCACCAGAACCCCCUUUCAAAUGGUAAUGCUGCACAUCUGGGUCAAGGUUUUCCCAAACAACAGAAUACCGAACGUAAACUGAAGGGAUGGCAUGGUGUGCGAGCUUUAAUACAAAAGAAACUAUUUCGAAAGGCAGACAUUGCCCGGCUGGAUGCUUUUCGGCAAUUGAAUGGCGAUGAGAAAUCCAAUUUGAAUGGCUAUGCCAUCAAUAAAAGACCCAAUAACUUAGAUUUAAGUCCGGCGAAUAAAACGAAUGCUCCUCCUCCCUCUUGCACUCCCGAUAAUGUCGAAUAUCGUCUAAAAAGCCUCGACAAACGAAAGUCAACACCUGCCCACAAUGCCGCCGUCGUUUCCCGUUCCAAAUCUUCGAAUUUAGUUAAAUCCCUCAACAGCUCCAAUAGCAAUUUGCACGAGGCCGAACUGAAGGCCCUCAACGAUGCCGUUAUUCUACGGAAUCACUCCGCCUCAGAGCCGCAGUUUCGUCGUCAGCGUAGCCUUGAAGUAUUUCGUGAGGUAUUCAAUGCCCGCGGCAGUAACGAACGUUUACGUGAUCCUAGUCAACGGGUGAAAACGCCAGGUGAUGUACCGCCAUCGGUGCGCAAAAUCAGGGCAUCGAAAACCUUGAGUUUGUAUGAUGAUCGAAUGAUGGACUCAUCGCUGCUCAAUGUACUUUAGCAUGAAGAGGUUCUGCUUCUUGAAUUGUAG